GACUGGUCCCUCUCGGUGCUUGUCUACACCGUUUCACAAUGGCUGACAAAAAAUCCGGCUCGUCGGUAACGACGCAAACCAACCCCCGCGGUAUCCCCGUCGCCCCCUUUGUCGACAAUGUCGGCGACUACGUGUCGACCCGCGCGGAGGUCGAAGCCACGCUGCGCUCGUUCCAAGAGAUGAUCUCGAAAUACCAGUUCAUGGAAGUCAACACGCAACGACGAGGCGCCGGCCUGCGUGAGAAGAUCCCCGACAUCCGCAAGACGCUGGAGAUGGUGAAGUUCCUGAAGAUGCGCCGGGACGCGCAGUCCAGCGCCCUGGAGACCAACUUCGAGCUGAACGACACCCUCUAUGCGCGCGCCACCAUCUCCCCCGAGGACACGGAGGAAGUGUAUCUCUGGCUCGGAGCCAAUGUGAUGCUGUCGUAUCCGAUUGCGGAGGCCGAGACCAUGCUGCAGGAUAAGCUGUCGGCCGCGGAGAAGAGCCUGUCGUUCUGUGAGGAGGAUUUGGAGUUUUUGAGGGAGCAGAUUACGACAUUGGAAGUGGCAACUGCUCGUGUUUACAACUGGGACGUGGUACAGCGACGGAAAGAAAAGGCCGAAGGGAAGGGAGGUGACGAUGAGAACGAGAAGGGCCGCCCUGGUGGUUAAACUGCUUCCGACGUCUCUGCGCUUCAAACUUGGGUCAACCGUGCGUACUUUCUUUUUACCUCUUUGAAAACUAUUUCCCUUUCGUCUCUUAUUCGUGUAUAUCCCCGGUCAGGUUAGAUGAGCCAAAUAAAAGCGCUGUACAAGG